CAUUUUUGUUAUCCCACGUGUCUGUGUUUUAAAAUCAUCGAAAAGUGUUGAAAUAAGAAUUAAAUAGUGUUUGACUCAUUUAUAAACUGAUUUUUAUUAUAAAGUUUCAGUGUUAAAAUGGAAUUUAUGGAAAAGCUUGAAGAAACUGUGCCCGAAAAGGCGAUGAUAUUGUGUUGUGAAUGCGGAACACAAAUUGAACCAAACCCAGCAAACAUGUGUGUAGCAUGUUUACGAACUCAAGUUGAUAUUACUGAGGGAAUUCCAAAACAAGCGAACCUGCAUUUUUGCAGAAAUUGUGAAAGAUAUUUGCAACCUCCAUCAGAAUGGUUUCACGCAGCCUUAGAAUCAAGAGAGCUUUUGUCUCUUUGUUUAAAAAAAUUAAGAGGCCUCAGCAGAGUUAAAUUAAUAGAUGCUGGAUUUGUUUGGACUGAACCCCAUUCUAAAAGACUCAAGGUCAAAUUAACCGUCCACGCUGAAGUUAUUGGAGGCGCCGUUUUACAGCAAGUUUUUGUUGUUGAAUUUAUAGUAAUUCAUCAAAUGUGUGAUGAUUGUCAUAGAACUGAAGCUAAGGAUUUCUGGAGAGCAUCAGUACAAGUAAGGCAAAAAGCGAUAAAUAAGAAGACAUUUUUCUACCUAGAACAACUCAUUUUGAAACACAAAGCUCAUGAGCAAACUUUAGGAAUAAAACCCAUUAGUGAUGGAAUUGAUUUCUAUUUUGCAACCGAAGCAGCUGCUCGAAAACUGAUAGAUUUUCUGGUAGCCGUUUUGCCUUGUCGGUAUCAGCAUUCAAAGAAAUUAAUAUCUCACGAUAUCCACAGUAAUGUCUACAAUUACAAAUUCACCUACAGCGUUGAAAUCGUUCCGCUUUCGAAAGACAGUGUUAUUUGUCUUCCAAAGAAGCUUACUCAUCAACUAGGUGGAAUAAGUCCCAUUUGUUUGGUUCAAAAAACUACAAGUGCUUUGCAUUUAAUUGAUCCUGCAUCAGGACAAGUUACAGAAGUAAGUGCAACUGUCUAUUGGCGAUAUCCGUUUAAAAGUAUUUGUAAUCCGAAACAAUUAACAGAAUAUGUUGUGAUGGAUAUAGAACCUGUAAAAGAUAAGGAGAAGAAGGUAUUUCCGGGACAAGGUGCCAUUUCGCAUAAGCACGUAAUUUCCGACGUCUGGCUCGUAAGAGCAGCAGAAUUGGGGAUAAAUGAGAACUUGAUUCACGCUCGUACUCACUUGGGUCACAUUUUGAAACCAGGAGAUUCCGCCCUUGGAUACGCAAUGGCCGACAGCAACAUAAAUGACUCAAACUUUGAAAAAUUGAACCCAGACAGCAUUCCAGAUGUGAUUUUGGUAAAGAAAUUCUACGGAAACGAUAAAAGCGCACGGCGUCGGGCACGAUUGUGGAAAUUGAAACAUCUCGCCGAGGACGUGGUUAGCAUGAGCACGGAAAACAAUGAAUAUAACGAAUUUCUGGACGAAUUAGAAGAGGAUCCUGAAAUGAGACAGACCAUAAACAUCUUCCGGGACUCGAAGAAACAAAUACCAGUCGACGCAGACGACCAAAUCGAUCCUUCGAUACCACAAAUCACUCUGGACGAAAUGCUUGAUGAUCUUUUCAUUGACGACGUUGAAAUGUCGGAAACUUUCGAGUGAGAUUGAAAUGAUCCGAUUGUAAAAAAAGGGCUGAUUUUUUAUAAGGUAUUCACAGACUUGUGAAAAGCAAAAAUUCUUAUCAACUAUGAGUACUAAAUACAAGAAGUGAAUUU